CACACUCUCUCUUGUUUCAAAAAAAAAAAAAAAAAAAAAAAAACACUCUCUCUUUUUAUGUAAUAACCAAGCAAAUCGAUCUUUAACUUGUUCAAUUGGUAUACUUACUCAGAAGACACAAUCUGAUCUGUGUUUUGCCAUAGUUACGUUAUGGCUAGUGCUAUUGUUGAUUUUGUAGUUGGAAAGCUGAAGGAGCAAGCUUUCCAAGAAGUAUUAUUCCAGUGGAAAAUCAAAGAUGAGGUGGACAAAAUCAGUGCUCGGCUAGCCAACAUGAAAGGCUACGUUGAGGAUUCAGGCAAGGGGAAACAAGACACCAAAGUAGCAGAGAGCUGGGUGACACAACUGAGAGAUACCUCACUUCAACUUGAGGACUUGGUUGAGGAGUUCAUGCUGGAUUCCAAGCUUGUGGAACUCAAUACUCCUCCCUGCAAUUUUUGUGAAGUAAAGUCCCUGUUUGCCAACGUGAAGAGCUUGGUGGAGAGGGUGAAGAUACAGUAUUGCUUCCAUCAGCAGUUAAAAGCCAUGGAUGAGAAGCUACUUGCUCUAGAAACAGACAAAUCAAAGUACGGUAUAAAACUCAAGACAAUUGACGAAAGAAAUGAGUUACUGAUGGGCAGUGGGAGUGGAUAUAUGGAGGAGAACGAAUUAGUGGGGAUUGACAUGGAAGUCAACCGGAUAGCAGAACUGAUUGAGAAGCGUAGUGGUCAAGUGAAGUUGAUCACGAUUUGGGGAGCUGGAGGUUGUGGGAAAACUACUUUGGCGAAGCAAGUUCAUGAAAGAGUGAAGAAGAAUCGCAGCUUUGAUUAUUGUUGGUGGGUUGAUGUGAACCACUCCUCAGAUAUUGAAUUUGUUCUGAGGACAACAAUCAAUGGGCUCUACACAAGUAGUGUUGGAACAGAGAUGCCGUCUAAACUGGAGAAAGCAGAUGAAAAUUCUCUCCACCAACACAUUUGCAACUACUUGAAGGGGAAGAGGUAUGUUGUAUUUUUUGAUGAUGUUUGGGAUAAUAAUCUCUUGGCUAAAAUAAAACUUCCGGGCCACAGUGCAUCUUCCAUUAUCGUGACUAGCCGUGAUAAAAAUAUAGCCAAUGGGUCUUUUCUUGGGGCUGUUCCUCAUUAUGUUGAGGUGAAGCCAUUAGAAUUUGAUUUGGCAUGCAGCCUUUUCUGCAAAUUGGCUUUAGAUAGCUGCAGCUGGCCUAAUGGGCUUGAAGAAGCCGGAAAAGCAUUGGUUAAGAAAUGCUCGGGUUUACCUGUUGCAAUUCUUGCAAUGGCUCGGUUGAUGUCCACAAAAGGUGAUGAUCCUUCAAAAUGGAGGGAUGCUCUCAAAAGCCUUGACUACUACUCACAAGACUUUGAAGCAGGUGGCAGUCUAGCAUCUCUCAACACAGCCUUGUUGUUGAGUUAUUAUGAACUGCCAACUCACCUAAAGUCAUGUUUCUUAUACUGUGCAAUGUUCCCCAAAACAUAUGCCAUUAGUGCCCAAAAGUUGAUCCGCAUGUGCAUUGCGGAGGGGUUUAUCAAUGAUGAUCCCCAUCCCCAUAGUGGCAGACAUACACUAGAAGCCAUAGCAAGGGAUUACUUCCUUGAGCUCAAAAAUAGAAGCUUGCUUCAGAUCCUUCCCAAUGAGUACAGUGGUAAAGAGUUGGGAAGAAUCGGAAUGCACGACCUUUACCGUGACGUGGCUUGUGAGGUGAUUAGAAGGGAAACGUUUGCUGAAAUCAUCAAAUUGGAGCAAAGUAGCAGGAAGCUUGAGUGGAAGCAAAGGCGUAGUUUGAUCGUCGUGGAAGGCGAGCUAAAAUUGGCUGAUCAGCUCGACAAUUGCUACGAAAACAUGAAGAAGCUACGUACACUCAUCAUCAGCCGCUGUGAAGGGAUUAUUGGUGUGAAUUCAUUCCCACAGAUGUUCCAAAACAUGAAGUUGCUCAGAGUUUUGGUGUUGGAAUGGUUACCUGAUGAUAUGGAGGAACUGCCGAAUGAGGUUGGGGAUCUAAUUCAUCUUAGGUACUUAAGUCUGUCCAGUUAUCUUGAAAGCCCAAUCACACGUCUUCCUGAUUCCUUGGGAAGAUUGCACAAUCUACAGACCUUGGAUUUGAAACUCACUUGGAUAGACAGUUUGCCUAAAUGCGUGUCAGAGCUUAAGCAACUGAGACAUUUCUUUGGAAGUAUUGAAUCACAAGUGCCAGAUAUUGUAUUCACUUUUUCUCAGCUUCAAACAUUAUCUCGCAUAUUGAUUAAUACCAUCCAAGCAAGAGAAUUAGUAAACAUCCCACAACUCACUAAGUUGAAUAUUAUUUUCAAGGAAGGGGAGGAAUGCUGGAGAGCAAUUUGUGAUUCUGUCAAUAAAAUCACAAAUCUUCAAUCUCUAUCUAUUGGAAGUGAUGGAUUACAAGAUUUUAUAAAUUUCUCUCCACCCCUUUCUCUCCAGAAGCUCAAGCUCUCUAAAUUUGGGAAAUUGGUAAAUUUUAUUACCACUCCUAACCAUUGUCUUCGCGUAAUUUAUAUAAAUAUGUGUGAUGUAGAUGAAGCUUUCUUCAAUAGUUUGGAGAAACUGCCAACCCUGUUGGAUCUCUACAUUGAGAGUUAUAGUGGAGACGAGUUAUUGUGCAGUGAAGGGAGCUUUCCAAGACUGAAGAAGCUGAAGAUAUGGUGCAAGAAGCUUAGCAAGUGGGAAAUAGGAAAAGGAGCUAUGACAUGUCUCGAGUCACUAUCUAUACAUGAUUGCGGUUCUCUAGAAAUGCUUCCAGAAGGCUUGAGAGAAGUUGAGCAUUUGAAAACAUUGCAUCUAUAUCUCCCAUCUCAACAACUUGUUCAAAGCAUAAGUGUUGAAGGAUCAGAUCGAUGGAAGAUUGAACAUAUACCAAGAGUUACUACUCAAGACAAUUUUUUUGGAAAACCUUCUCUAUUAAAUUAAAAAUAUUAUUGACAAAAAAAGAUUAAUAACUUUUUUUAUUUUUAUGCUAUGAUGUUGUUUUUCCAUUCUUCCAAAUCUUGUGGUUGUCAUUGUUCUCUUGUUGAUAUUUUUUGUGUUUAAAUAAUCAAUUUUUUUUUUAUCUUUUUGUAUUUGUACAUUAUUCCAUUAGUAAAAUCUAUAAAUAUUUGUAUAAUGCAA